CCUUAUCUGCCGCAUUCCCUCCAACUCAUGUUGUUAUACUGAGCAAACCAAAACUUAUUCGUCUCGAAAUCUGCACCAGAUCGAGCUCAGCAACGCGAGCCGAGCCGGAGGCGUUCGUCUGCCCGGGGUGGCGCCAUGCGGAUCCGUCUCUUCCUCUGAACCGGGCAAGCGCGAGCCGCCUUCCUCCUCGUGCUCGACGGCGGCGACGAGCGUCGGUGGCGGCACAGCACAGUCCAGCAACGAGCAGGUGAUUCGGCGCCCCGCGACGAGUGCCCGAAGGCGACCCUCCGUCUGUCUAAUUGCUUGCUUGACGCUUGAUUUGCCUCGGGCGUACACGGCUCAACUGGUUUCAUGUAGGGGAGGGCAACCUGUUCCCAGCCCUCGAUUUCCGCCGGAGCGUGCGAAGUCCAGUCGGCAGCAACGGCGACGCCGGUGCAGGCAGCCGCGGGCACGGCAAUGCCGGUUCCUCUUGCCCCUUACCCAACUCCUCCUGUGCCCUUCACACCACCCGCUCCCAAUGCAGGAGCUCAAAGCCAACUUGUCUGCUCUGGGUGCCGGAAUCUGCUCAUGUAUCCUGCCGGCGCAACGUCGGUCUGCUGCGCAGUUUGCAGUACGGUGACCGCUGUUCCGGCUCCCGGGACUGAGAUGGCGCAGCUAGUUUGUGGAGGAUGCCACACUCUUCUCAUGUACAUACGCGGCGCCACAAGUGUACAGUGUUCUUGCUGCCACACUGUCAACCUGGCAAUGGAAGCGAAUCAGGUUGCGCAUGUAAACUGCGGGAGUUGUCGAAUGCUGCUCAUGUACCAGUAUGGCGCGAGGUCCGUCAAAUGUGCAGUCUGCAGUUUCGUCACAUCAGUUGGGGCAUCAUCAGGUGCAGAGCAAAAGCCCAGCAACUGAAGUCCUUCAAGUUCAUACUGAAGGCAGCUUCCCGCAAUAAGAAUGCUUUGAGUGCACAUGUAUAGAGUUCUUCCCAGAAGCAAUCUCUUCCUCCCCUCUCCAUUUCCCUCCUUCGUUGGACCUGGCGAGCUUGCAGAAUAAACAAGAGUUUUUGGUAAUACAUAGUGCUCGAAAUUCGUCGAAUCAUCUGUGUAACUGGAUCAGACAGAUAUAUGAACCCACCAUGUUUAUGUUCAAUUAUAUCCUCUUUUACUUGUGUUUUA